ACUUUGCGGUUUACGCGCCACUGGAAGAUCUACAAAAACUCAAUGGCAAUUUCUCCAGCUUUGAGUCUCUGGAACUGCUGACGCCAUCCCAGGCAGCACAGCUGACUCUGACUUCCGGAGCACUGAAUGACUCCACAAAAAUGGAGGCCAUCUUUGAUCGCCUAGAGGAGGGAGAUGCUCUUCAAAAUGUUGACCAGUUUCUGACAGCACUGAGCGUGGCUCCCGAGAUUCCAGAUAUUGCCCCUCCCGUGAGAGACUUUGCCAUGAACCGCACCUUCAACAUCAUCAGCGUUCAUUUCCUGCAGUUUGAGGUAUCGGCCUGGAUCGCCUGGUUCCACGUGAAACUAAUUCCUGUCCUCCCCAGUUUCACUACAGAGAUGCUCACUCAAACCACCGCACAGACAAACUGCACCAACUACCAAGUCAUUGUGAAAGGAAUGGGCAAGGUCUCCAAGAAAAUGCCGCUCACCAGAAGAAAGGGAAUCGCCAACGUCCUUGUGAAACAUCUGAAGCAGUUCUUGGCCACGUUCAACAAAAGAGCCUGCAGACUGGACAUCCAGAAUGAUGCCGAAUGGCUGGAGGUCAACCUGGGUCCAUUCUCCAAAGAAGUAGACUACUCUGCCUUUAAAGAACUGAACAUUACAGGACUGGCAACUUUGGACUCGCUCUCACCGGACCAGAAAGCUGAGUUGGUUCUGGACCCCAGUAGUGGUGCUCUUGAGAAUGUGACUGUCUUGACAGAAGUCUUUGGCAGCAUAGUGGGAUCUCCAGACGAUGGGGAACUCGACCGUUUCUGGGAGGCUUGUGCCGCUGUCACGGCGCAGCAAAACAUCACCUACAUUACCAACGCAGCUGUGAGAGACGUCAUGCUCAACCUGACACUGACGGCCCUGGCUCCCAGAUUCCCCACCUUCCAAACGAGCGACUUUACCCUGUGGUUCCAGGUCAAUCUGGUUGUUCUGCUAGCCAGCGUCCGUCCUGCGAGUCUGAGCGUCAUCCCCCUGAACAUCAGCUGUGACUCUUUCAAAGCCAUAAUCGUGGCUUUUGACGAGUCUUUGAAGACACUUCCAGGGAGCGUUUCAGCAGACCUCCAAUCUAGCCGAGAUUAUCUGGCACAGAGUUUCCCACAAGGCUGUAGACCACCGUAUCCAGUCGGUGUGUGCUCAGAGACAGUUGUCGAUGUGGAGAGUCUUUGCGCCAGCGCAACACUCUGUGUCAGCAGUGCCAAAAAUGUCUUUUUUCUUUUAUUUGUGCCACACAGCAUCCCGCUGCAGGAUCACCUGGCCUCUGCAAACUCCUCUGGGACGCUUUGCAAUUUCAGCCUGGGAGACCUUGCGUGCUCCUCGGUGGAAUCUCUAUCAGCGGACAGCUUGGUCACACUGCUGGAGUGCAAACUUCCCAACAGCAACAGUUACCCCAUAGAAACCUGGAAGGCGUUCUUUGCCAAAGUGGCCGGCGUUCUGGAUGAGGCCCUCGUCCGAUAUUCCGACAAGGCCCGGAACCUCACUCAGUCCUUGUCCACGGUUCUCGAUGUGAUAGGAGAGGUCAAACUCAACAAUUUCACUGAAGCACAGUUCAAAGACGAAGCCUUCAUCAGCCGGUGGUUCAACAUCAGACUGGGGCCAUUUUUACCAUCUGUGACCGCAAAGUUCCUGUCAUGCCUUACCACCAAGAGUUUCAGUUGUGAGACCUUCCAAGCUGUGGUGGCAGCUCUCAGCAACCGGUCAACAUCCAUGGAUGAGGAGCAAAGGCGAACCAUCUUCACUCGCUUCCUGUAUCCGUUCCUCUCAAGAGGAAACUCAUCAGAUCCUGGCUGCAUCACUGGCACCCUAGGCAGCAAAGACUGGCUUCAGAAGAACUUUGGCGACUUUGCGGUUUACGCGCCACUGGAAGAUCUACAAAAACUCAAUGGCAAUUUCUCCAGCUUUGAGUCUCUGGAACUGCUGACGCCAUCCCAGGCAGCACAGCUGACUCUGACUUCCGGAGCACUGAAUGACUCCACAAAAAUGGAGGCCAUCUUUGAUCGCCUAGAGGAGGGAGAUGCUCUUCAAAAUGUUGACCAGUUUCUGACAGCACUGAGCGUGGCUCCCGAGAUUCCAGAUAUUGCCCCUCCCGUGAGAGACUUUGCCAUGAACCGCACCUUCAACAUCAUCAGCGUUCAUUUCCUGCAGUUUGAGGUAUCGGCCUGGAUCGCCUGGUUCCACGUGAAACUAAUUCCUGUCCUCCCCAGUUUCACUACAGAGAUGCUCACUCAAACCACCGCACAGACAAACUGCACCAACUACCAAGUCAUUGUGAAAGGAAUGGGCAAGGUCUCCAAGAAAAUGCCGCUCACCAGAAGAAAGGGAAUCGCCAACGUCCUUGUGAAACAUCUGAAGCAGUUCUUGGCCACGUUCAACAAAAGAGCCUGCAGACUGGACAUCCAGAAUGAUGCCGAAUGGCUGGAGGUCAACCUGGGUCCAUUCUCCAAAGAAGUAGACUACUCUGCCUUUAAAGAACUGAACAUUACAGGACUGGCAACUUUGGACUCGCUCUCACCGGACCAGAAAGCUGAGUUGGUUCUGGACCCCAGUAGUGGUGCUCUUGAGAAUGUGACUGUCUUGACAGAAGUCUUUGGCAGCAUAGUGGGAUCUCCAGACGAUGGGGAACUCGACCGUUUCUGGGAGGCUUGUGCCGCUGUCACGGCGCAGCAAAACAUCACCUACAUUACCAACGCAGCUGUGAGAGACGUCAUGCUCAACCUGACACUGACGGCCCUGGCUCCCAGAUUCCCCACCUUCCAAACGAGCGACUUUACCCUGUGGUUCCAGGUCAAUCUGGUUGUUCUGCUAGCCAGCGUCCGUCCUGCGAGUCUGAGCGUCAUCCCCCUGAACAUCAGCUGUGACUCUUUCAAAGCCAUAAUCGUGGCUUUUGACGAGUCUUUGAAGACACUUCCAGGGAGCGUUUCAGCAGACCUCCAAUCUAGCCGAGAUUAUCUGGCACAGAGUUUCCCACAAGGCUGUAGACCACCGUAUCCAGUCGGUGUGUGCUCAGAGACAGUUGUCGAUGUGGAGAGUCUUUGCGCCAGCGCCAACACCAUCCCGCUGCAGGAUCACCUGGCCUCUGCAAACUCCUCUGGGACGCUUUGCAAUUUCAGCCUGGGAGACCUUGCGUGCUCCUCGGUGGAAUCUCUAUCAGCGGACAGCUUGGUCACACUGCUGGAGUGCAAACUUCCCAACAGCAACAGUUACCCCAUAGAAACCUGGAAGGCGUUCUUUGCCAAAGUGGCCGGCGUUCUGGAUGAGGCCCUCGUCCGAUAUUCCGACAAGGCCCGGAACCUCACUCAGUCCUUGUCCACGGUUCUCGAUGUGAUAGGAGAGGUCAAACUCAACAAUUUCACUGAAGCACAGUUCAAAGACGAAGCCUUCAUCAGCCGGUGGUUCAACAUCAGACUGGGGCCAUUUUUACCAUCUGUGACCGCAAAGUUCCUGUCAUGCCUUACCACCAAGAGUUUCAGUUGUGAGACCUUCCAAGCUGUGGUGGCAGCUCUCAGCAACCGGUCAACAUCCAUGGAUGAGGAGCAAAGGCGAACCAUCUUCACUCGCUUCCUGUAUCCGUUCCUCUCAAGAGGAAACUCAUCAGAUCCUGGCUGCAUCACUGGCACCCUAGGCAGCAAAGACUGGCUUCAGAAGAACUUUGGCGACUUUGCGGUUUACGCGCCACUGGAAGAUCUACAAAAACUCAAUGGCAAUUUCUCCAGCUUUGAGUCUCUGGAACUGCUGACGCCAUCCCAGGCAGCACAGCUGACUCUGACUUCCGGAGCACUGAAUGACUCCACAAAAAUGGAGGCCAUCUUUGAUCGCCUAGAGGAGGGAGAUGCUCUUCAAAAUGUUGACCAGUUUCUGACAGCACUGAGCGUGGCUCCCGAGAUUCCAGAUAUUGCCCCUCCCGUGAGAGACUUUGCCAUGAACCGCACCUUCAACAUCAUCAGCGUUCAUUUCCUGCAGUUUGAGGUAUCGGCCUGGAUCGCCUGGUUCCACGUGAAACUAAUUCCUGUCCUCCCCAGUUUCACUACAGAGAUGCUCACUCAAACCACCGCACAGACAAACUGCACCAACUACCAAGUCAUUGUGAAAGGAAUGGGCAAGGUCUCCAAGAAAAUGCCGCUCACCAGAAGAAAGGGAAUCGCCAACGUCCUUGUGAAACAUCUGAAGCAGUUCUUGGCCACGUUCAACAAAAGAGCCUGCAGACUGGACAUCCAGAAUGAUGCCGAAUGGCUGGAGGUCAACCUGGGUCCAUUCUCCAAAGAAGUAGACUACUCUGCCUUUAAAGAACUGAACAUUACAGGACUGGCAACUUUGGACUCGCUCUCACCGGACCAGAAAGCUGAGUUGGUUCUGGACCCCAGUAGUGGUGCUCUUGAGAAUGUGACUGUCUUGACAGAAGUCUUUGGCAGCAUAGUGGGAUCUCCAGACGAUGGGGAACUCGACCGUUUCUGGGAGGCUUGUGCCGCUGUCACGGCGCAGCAAAACAUCACCUACAUUACCAACGCAGCUGUGAGAGACGUCAUGCUCAACCUGACACUGACGGCCCUGGCUCCCAGAUUCCCCACCUUCCAAACGAGCGACUUUACCCUGUGGUUCCAGGUCAAUCUGGUUGUUCUGCUAGCCAGCGUCCGUCCUGCGAGUCUGAGCGUCAUCCCCCUGAACAUCAGCUGUGACUCUUUCAAAGCCAUAAUCGUGGCUUUUGACGAGUCUUUGAAGACACUUCCAGGGAGCGUUUCAGCAGACCUCCAAUCUAGCCGAGAUUAUCUGGCACAGAGUUUCCCACAAGGCUGUAGACCACCGUAUCCAGUCGGUGUGUGCUCAGAGACAGUUGUCGAUGUGGAGAGUCUUUGCGCCAGCGCCAACACCAUCCCGCUGCAGGAUCACCUGGCCUCUGCAAACUCCUCUGGGACGCUUUGCAAUUUCAGCCUGGGAGACCUUGCGUGCUCCUCGGUGGAAUCUCUAUCAGCGGACAGCUUGGUCACACUGCUGGAGUGCAAACUUCCCAACAGCAACAGUUACCCCAUAGAAACCUGGAAGGCGUUCUUUGCCAAAGUGGCCGGCGUUCUGGAUGAGGCCCUCGUCCGAUAUUCCGACAAGGCCCGGAACCUCACUCAGUCCUUGUCCACGGUUCUCGAUGUGAUAGGAGAGGUCAAACUCAACAAUUUCACUGAAGCACAGUUCAAAGACGAAGCCUUCAUCAGCCGGUGGUUCAACAUCAGACUGGGGCCAUUUUUACCAUCUGUGACCGCAAAGUUCCUGUCAUGCCUUACCACCAAGAGUUUCAGUUGUGAGACCUUCCAAGCUGUGGUGGCAGCUCUCAGCAACCGGUCAACAUCCAUGGAUGAGGAGCAAAGGCGAACCAUCUUCACUCGCUUCCUGUAUCCGUUCCUCUCAAGAGGAAACUCAUCAGAUCCUGGCUGCAUCACUGGCACCCUAGGCAGCAAAGACUGGCUUCAGAAGAACUUUGGCGACUUUGCGGUUUACGCGCCACUGGAAGAUCUACAAAAACUCAAUGGCAAUUUCUCCAGCUUUGAGUCUCUGGAACUGCUGACGCCAUCCCAGGCAGCACAGCUGACUCUGACUUCCGGAGCACUGAAUGACUCCACAAAAAUGGAGGCCAUCUUUGAUCGCCUAGAGGAGGGAGAUGCUCUUCAAAAUGUUGACCAGUUUCUGACAGCACUGAGCGUGGCUCCCGAGAUUCCAGAUAUUGCCCCUCCCGUGAGAGACUUUGCCAUGAACCGCACCUUCAACAUCAUCAGCGUUCAUUUCCUGCAGUUUGAGGUAUCGGCCUGGAUCGCCUGGUUCCACGUGAAACUAAUUCCUGUCCUCCCCAGUUUCACUACAGAGAUGCUCACUCAAACCACCGCACAGACAAACUGCACCAACUACCAAGUCAUUGUGAAAGGAAUGGGCAAGGUCUCCAAGAAAAUGCCGCUCACCAGAAGAAAGGGAAUCGCCAACGUCCUUGUGAAACAUCUGAAGCAGUUCUUGGCCACGUUCAACAAAAGAGCCUGCAGACUGGACAUCCAGAAUGAUGCCGAAUGGCUGGAGGUCAACCUGGGUCCAUUCUCCAAAGAAGUAGACUACUCUGCCUUUAAAGAACUGAACAUUACAGGACUGGCAACUUUGGACUCGCUCUCACCGGACCAGAAAGCUGAGUUGGUUCUGGACCCCAGUAGUGGUGCUCUUGAGAAUGUGACUGUCUUGACAGAAGUCUUUGGCAGCAUAGUGGGAUCUCCAGACGAUGGGGAACUCGACCGUUUCUGGGAGGCUUGUGCCGCUGUCACGGCGCAGGUGAGUGGGUCGCAUGGAAGGUCAAACUUCAUCACUUGCCAAAUACCGUCUGGAACGACAGUGGUAAGCAGCGUAGGCCUGUGUCUGGCCUCAUCCCUGACUGAUUUGCCUCUUUUGUUUUUAGCAAACAUCACCUACAUUACCAACGCAGCUGUGAGAGACGUCAUGCUCAACCUGACACUGACGGCCCUGGCUCCCAGAUUCCCCACCUUCCAAACGAGCGACUUUACCCUGUGGUUCCAGGUCAAUCUGGUUGUUCUGCUAGCCAGCGUCCGUCCUGCGAGUCUGAGCGUCAUCCCCCUGAACAUCAGCUGUGACUCUUUCAAAGCCAUAAUCGUGGCUUUUGACGAGUCUUUGAAGACACUUCCAGGGAGCGUUUCAGCAGACCUCCAAUCUAGCCGAGAUUAUCUGGCACAGAGUUUCCCACAAGGCUGUAGACCACCGUAUCCAGUCGGUGUGUGCUCAGAGACAGUUGUCGAUGUGGAGAGUCUUUGCGCCAGCGCCAACACCAUCCCGCUGCAGGAUCACCUGGCCUCUGCAAACUCCUCUGGGACGCUUUGCAAUUUCAGCCUGGGAGACCUUGCGUGCUCCUCGGUGGAAUCUCUAUCAGCGGACAGCUUGGUCACACUGCUGGAGUGCAAACUUCCCAACAGCAACAGUUACCCCAUAGAAACCUGGAAGGCGUUCUUUGCCAAAGUGGCCGGCGUUCUGGAUGAGGCCCUCGUCCGAUAUUCCGACAAGGCCCGGAACCUCACUCAGUCCUUGUCCACGGUUCUCGAUGUGAUAGGAGAGGUCAAACUCAACAAUUUCACUGAAGCACAGUUCAAAGACGAAGCCUUCAUCAGCCGGUGGUUCAACAUCAGACUGGGGCCAUUUUUACCAUCUGUGACCGCAAAGUUCCUGUCAUGCCUUACCACCAAGAGUUUCAGUUGUGAGACCUUCCAAGCUGUGGUGGCAGCUCUCAGCAACCGGUCAACAUCCAUGGAUGAGGAGCAAAGGCGAACCAUCUUCACUCGCUUCCUGUAUCCGUUCCUCUCAAGAGGAAACUCAUCAGAUCCUGGCUGCAUCACUGGCACCCUAGGCAGCAAAGACUGGCUUCAGAAGAACUUUGGCGACUUUGCGGUUUACGCGCCACUGGAAGAUCUACAAAAACUCAAUGGCAAUUUCUCCAGCUUUGAGUCUCUGGAACUGCUGACGCCAUCCCAGGCAGCACAGCUGACUCUGACUUCCGGAGCACUGAAUGACUCCACAAAAAUGGAGGCCAUCUUUGAUCGCCUAGAGGAGGGAGAUGCUCUUCAAAAUGUUGACCAGUUUCUGACAGCACUGAGCGUGGCUCCCGAGAUUCCAGAUAUUGCCCCUCCCGUGAGAGACUUUGCCAUGAACCGCACCUUCAACAUCAUCAGCGUUCAUUUCCUGCAGUUUGAGGUAUCGGCCUGGAUCGCCUGGUUCCACGUGAAACUAAUUCCUGUCCUCCCCAGUUUCACUACAGAGAUGCUCACUCAAACCACCGCACAGACAAACUGCACCAACUACCAAGUCAUUGUGAAAGGAAUGGGCAAGGUCUCCAAGAAAAUGCCGCUCACCAGAAGAAAGGGAAUCGCCAACGUCCUUGUGAAACAUCUGAAGCAGUUCUUGGCCACGUUCAACAAAAGAGCCUGCAGACUGGACAUCCAGAAUGAUGCCGAAUGGCUGGAGGUCAACCUGGGUCCAUUCUCCAAAGAAGUAGACUACUCUGCCUUUAAAGAACUGAACAUUACAGGACUGGCAACUUUGGACUCGCUCUCACCGGACCAGAAAGCUGAGUUGGUUCUGGACCCCAGUAGUGGUGCUCUUGAGAAUGUGACUGUCUUGACAGAAGUCUUUGGCAGCAUAGUGGGAUCUCCAGACGAUGGGGAACUCGACCGUUUCUGGGAGGCUUGUGCCGCUGUCACGGCGCAGCAAAACAUCACCUACAUUACCAACGCAGCUGUGAGAGACGUCAUGCUCAACCUGACACUGACGGCCCUGGCUCCCAGAUUCCCCACCUUCCAAACGAGCGACUUUACCCUGUGGUUCCAGGUCAAUCUGGUUGUUCUGCUAGCCAGCGUCCGUCCUGCGAGUCUGAGCGUCAUCCCCCUGAACAUCAGCUGUGACUCUUUCAAAGCCAUAAUCGUGGCUUUUGACGAGUCUUUGAAGACACUUCCAGGGAGCGUUUCAGCAGACCUCCAAUCUAGCCGAGAUUAUCUGGCACAGAGUUUCCCACAAGGCUGUAGACCACCGUAUCCAGUCGGUGUGUGCUCAGAGACAGUUGUCGAUGUGGAGAGUCUUUGCGCCAGCGCCAACACCAUCCCGCUGCAGGAUCACCUGGCCUCUGCAAACUCCUCUGGGACGCUUUGCAAUUUCAGCCUGGGAGACCUUGCGUGCUCCUCGGUGGAAUCUCUAUCAGCGGACAGCUUGGUCACACUGCUGGAGUGCAAACUUCCCAACAGCAACAGUUACCCCAUAGAAACCUGGAAGGCGUUCUUUGCCAAAGUGGCCGGCGUUCUGGAUGAGGCCCUCGUCCGAUAUUCCGACAAGGCCCGGAACCUCACUCAGUCCUUGUCCACGGUUCUCGAUGUGAUAGGAGAGGUCAAACUCAACAAUUUCACUGAAGCACAGUUCAAAGACGAAGCCUUCAUCAGCCGGUGGUUCAACAUCAGACUGGGGCCAUUUUUACCAUCUGUGACCGCAAAGUUCCUGUCAUGCCUUACCACCAAGAGUUUCAGUUGUGAGACCUUCCAAGCUGUGGUGGCAGCUCUCAGCAACCGGUCAACAUCCAUGGAUGAGGAGCAAAGGCGAACCAUCUUCACUCGCUUCCUGUAUCCGUUCCUCUCAAGAGGAAACUCAUCAGAUCCUGGCUGCAUCACUGGCACCCUAGGCAGCAAAGACUGGCUUCAGAAGAACUUUGGCGACUUUGCGGUUUACGCGCCACUGGAAGAUCUACAAAAACUCAAUGGCAAUUUCUCCAGCUUUGAGUCUCUGGAACUGCUGACGCCAUCCCAGGCAGCACAGCUGACUCUGACUUCCGGAGCACUGAAUGACUCCACAAAAAUGGAGGCCAUCUUUGAUCGCCUAGAGGAGGGAGAUGCUCUUCAAAAUGUUGACCAGUUUCUGACAGCACUGAGCGUGGCUCCCGAGAUUCCAGAUAUUGCCCCUCCCGUGAGAGACUUUGCCAUGAACCGCACCUUCAACAUCAUCAGCGUUCAUUUCCUGCAGUUUGAGGUAUCGGCCUGGAUCGCCUGGUUCCACGUGAAACUAAUUCCUGUCCUCCCCAGUUUCACUACAGAGAUGCUCACUCAAACCACCGCACAGACAAACUGCACCAACUACCAAGUCAUUGUGAAAGGAAUGGGCAAGGUCUCCAAGAAAAUGCCGCUCACCAGAAGAAAGGGAAUCGCCAACGUCCUUGUGAAACAUCUGAAGCAGUUCUUGGCCACGUUCAACAAAAGAGCCUGCAGACUGGACAUCCAGAAUGAUGCCGAAUGGCUGGAGGUCAACCUGGGUCCAUUCUCCAAAGAAGUAGACUACUCUGCCUUUAAAGAACUGAACAUUACAGGACUGGCAACUUUGGACUCGCUCUCACCGGACCAGAAAGCUGAGUUGGUUCUGGACCCCAGUAGUGGUGCUCUUGAGAAUGUGACUGUCUUGACAGAAGUCUUUGGCAGCAUAGUGGGAUCUCCAGACGAUGGGGAACUCGACCGUUUCUGGGAGGCUUGUGCCGCUGUCACGGCGCAGCAAAACAUCACCUACAUUACCAACGCAGCUGUGAGAGACGUCAUGCUCAACCUGACACUGACGGCCCUGGCUCCCAGAUUCCCCACCUUCCAAACGAGCGACUUUACCCUGUGGUUCCAGGUCAAUCUGGUUGUUCUGCUAGCCAGCGUCCGUCCUGCGAGUCUGAGCGUCAUCCCCCUGAACAUCAGCUGUGACUCUUUCAAAGCCAUAAUCGUGGCUUUUGACGAGUCUUUGAAGACACUUCCAGCGAGCGUUUCAGCAGACCUCCAAUCUAGCCGAGAAUAUCUGGCACAGAGGUUCCCACAAGGCUGUAGACCACCGUAUCCAGUCGGUGUGUGCUCAGAGACAGUUGUCGAUGUGGAGAGUCUUUGCGCUAGCGCCAACAGGUGA